AUGACAACCGAGACUUCUCAGACCCAAGAAAUUGUAACUAAACUUGAUAAUUACGUUCCACUGGGUUCUAGUGGAUUAAAAGUAUCUCCAAUAUGCCUCGGGACAAUGGACUUCCCUACCAAAAAAAUCGUUUUAGAGUAUGCUGAGAAGGAAAAAAAUUGGAGAAUCCUUGAGGAAGUUGUUCGGAUUUCUAAAGAAGUCGGGAAAACGCCUUCUGAGGUUGCAAUCAACUGGGUUCUUCAACAACCAGGAAUCACAUCUAUAGUAGCAGCUGCAAGAAACGUAGAAAUCUUGGAAGAGAAUAUAAGUGCAUUAGGAUUUAAACUUACUCCAGAACAACUUUCUGCUCUAAAUGAUAUCUCUUUACAAAAAGAGAUUCCUUCCACACAAAUUCCAAAGCCUAAUCCGUUAUUCCAAGCCUCUAAACCCGAUCCUGAAUAUAUCAAAGAUUUGAAGCCACUUCGAGAAACCUAA